AUGCCAGCGCCAUGGACUGCGGCUCGCAUUGGGAGAAAUUCGCGGUUAAGACUCCCAACACAAGUAAGAUAUAGGUCGUAUCACGGGAGGAGACAAUUGGAGGAGGCGAGAAAGAUUCUGAAAGUUUCAGAAGAGGUACAGGACGCUGUCGCUUCGUCGAAACCUGUUGUCGCAUUGGAAACUACCAUUUAUACUCAUGGAUUCCCAUACCCGGAGAAUGUUGCUCUUGCAUCCCGUCUGGAAUCAAUCGUGCGGCGUUGGGGUGCUGUUCCCGCUACUAUAGGCGUCCUUAAUGGCGUUGCACGGGUGGGAAUGGCACCAGAGGAUCUUGCCGAGCUUGCCUCUUCAUCACCAAAUCAAGAAGUGUUGAAAGUCUCCCGCAGAGAUCUGGGAUAUAUCUGUGGCCUGGGAAUGGCUGGAAAGAGAAUGAAUGGUGGCACUACAAUUGCCGGAACUGCAGUGCUAGCCCAUCUUGCAGGAAUUAAAGUUUUUGCGACUGGUGGCCUUGGUGGUGUACAUCGAGGGGGAGAGAGCACAAUGGAUAUAUCAGCCGACCUGACUGAACUUGGGCGAACUCCUAUUGCACUCAUCAGCUCAGGCUGCAAGAGUUUCUUGGAUAUCCGUCGAACGCUUGAGUAUCUUGAGACCGAAGGAGUUCUAGUUGGAACUUUUGCAGAUGGGCGUGUGGGUAGCGUGGAUUUUCCCGCAUUUUACACUCGAGAUAGCGGAAUAAAGACGCCAAAGGUUAUACACGAUGAAGUGGAAGCUGCUGCUAUCAUAUAUGCACAAUCGCGUUUGAACAUGUCCUCCGGUAUGGUUUUUGCAAAUCCAGUGCCAGAAAAGUUUUCAUUCCCGAAACAAGAGGUCGAUCAUAUAAUUGAACAAGCCCUGGAAUCCUCUCAGCUUGAAGGAAUAUAUGGCAGUGAUAACACUCCUUUUAUCUUGUCCAAGAUUAAAGAGUUGAGUGGCGGAAAAAGUGUAGCAGCAAACACGGCAUUAGUUGAAUACAAUGUCGAACGUGGGACCAAAGUUGCAGUGGAGCUUGCAAAAUUGGAGGCGGGACGUUCUGCUGAAAGAAAUCGGCAUAUGCCAGGAUAUUUAGGGACAUCUCCGCGAUCGCCAGGGUCCCCUACAACUGGAAAUACUAUCAGAGAACGAUCCAUUUUCACAACGGUUGACACCAAGCCAGCCCGAGGCGUUGCGGAUAAAACCAACGUAUUAGUUGCCGGCUCGCUUGCUAUAGACCUUGCUUGCGAUUAUACCCCCUUAUCAAAGACUGGCGGCGAUACUCCUGCUCUUCAUACGUCCAAUCCGUCAGUGAUUAGCCAGAGUCUCGGAGGAGUGGGACACAACGUAGCGCUAGCGGCAAGCUACGUUGGCAGCCCAGUUCUCCUUUGCAGUAUCGUCGCAGACGAUCUCAGCGGUCGGGCCGCGCUCGCUGCUAUUGAAAAGUCGAGAGCCAACAUACAUUCUCAGGGCAUCCAGAUACUAAGUUCAACCUCCGGCGUCAGGACAGCUCAAUAUGUCUCCAUCAAUGACGCAAAGAGAGAUCUCAUGCUUGCAAUGGCAGACAUGAGCAUCAUGGAAACACCCGAAAAAACCCUUAAUUUUGGCAGCUUCUGGGACCCUCUCGUCCAGCGCGCUAGACCGAAAUGGGUUGUAGUUGAUGCAAAUUGGAGUCCUGAUGUCCUCUCAAAGUGGAUUUCACUGGCUAAGUCCCAUGGUGCGAAAACCGCCUUUGAACCGGUGUCUACCGCAAAAUCAGCCCGUCUUUUCACAAAAUCACAAUCAACCUUGAAACCAGUCAUCCAGCCUUCAUCCACAAUCCCAAAUCAUACCAUUGACCUUGCAACACCUAACCGCUACGAAUUGGCAGCCAUGUACACCGCAGCGCGAGACACCGGGCUUUUCGAAAGUGCCGAAUGGUGGCGAGUCAUCAACGCCCUAGAGAUGCCCAGCAGUGGCUCACGAGAUAGACUCAUCGCCCUUACGAAUUCUGAACUUGUAAAUGAAGGGAUACCGCAGCAAAGCAUCCAGCUCCUACCAUUCAUCCCUUGUAUCAUCUCUAAAUUAGGACCCCAAGGCGUCCUACUUACACAGCUCUUAUCCCGAGGAGAUGAGCGGCUUCGUUCUGCCGAUUUCGCACAGUAUAUCCUGGGGCGGGCGUAUGCAGAUGAUACCAAUCCAGUUGGGGGUGUGUAUAUGCGUCUCUUCCCAGCGGCGGAGGUUCUGAGGGAUACGGAUGUGGUGAGUGUUAAUGGCGCUGGGGAUACGUUGCUUGGAGUGAUUGUUGCGGGGCUUGCUAGACUUGAAGAGACAAAUAAUGGAGAACUAAAGAAGUUGGAGGAUAUCAUUGCUGUUGCUCAGAAGGCUAGCGUGGAGACGUUGAAAAGUGCGAAUGCUGUGAGUGACAAGAUUUCAGACCUAGGGAAGUUGUUGCAGAUUAUCUAG